AUGAUUCGUCAUUUCAAAUUUAUUUGUGUGUGUAUUUUCCUUAUACCCCAACCAACAGGUAAUGUAUUUAUCUGGGAUUAAAUUUUUUUUCGAUUUGUACAGCAAUUUUCAGUGUUUACCUUCUUCUUUCGUAACAGAACUCGAUAGUUUCAUCUUACGAUGCACUCUGUUUAGAUGAUUUUUUUAUAUCGACAACAGCAGAUUAUGGUGCCUUUUAGAAUGUAUACGGUGUUUUAAUUCAAAAUCAAAGGGAAGCUGUUCUUGUUUUUAUAAAAUCGAAAGCAUAACUUGUUGUAAUUUAAGUGCGAUCUAAAAUAUUCUCCUUCAGAUGGCGGAAGUGUCACAUGGUAUGAACCUUCUCCUGAGAGGACAACAUCAAAUACCGCUGAAGUGCUCCCCCCUGGCAUUGUACAGGUGUAUGAAGGAUCUUCUGCCACACUGAACUGGAACUUCAAUGUGUCAGUAGGUCUUGGUCUUGGUUUUGUCAUAAAAUUCAACGCUGUUGGUAUAAUCAGCAUUAGAGCAGAUGGUUCAGCAUCAGGUCCUAUCAGAGCUGAAUUUCAGAAACGAUUCAACGCAAGGGCAUCUCCACAAAGUGCUUCUCUGUCAAUCUCUCCCGUCACUAUUGCUGACGAUAAGUCUAAUGGAGAAUUUAGCUGUGAAUUAAGUGAUGCCAACGGCGAUACUUGGAAACGAGCAAUUCAGGUGCAUGUCAUAGGUAAGCAUGAGAGUGUUGCUGACUAUGAGAAAGGCGUACCCUAACUGUAGUAUACUGUUAUCUAGAUCUUGUUUAAAUGCAGUUUGAAAUUGGAAAAUUUGAAUUCUUAGCGGAAAAAAAACCUUCUACAUCCCUUGUAACAAAUUCAUUUAGUUUCAGGUUAGUUAAUUAAGAAUCAAAGAUCUAAAUUGCAGAUAAAGUUUUAAGAGACAAACCAAAUGGUUUUUAGACGUAAGACAAGGUUUGUUUUUAAUGAUAUACCAAACUUUUAAGUACAAUGAUGCCAUCGCAUGUAUGUGCCUUACAUACCAUUUGAAGUCCCAUGUGAAUCAAACACCUAAAGUGCAGAAAAUAAAAGGCUCAAAAUUGGGAUGCUCCUUGAGAUAAGUGAAAAAAAAUUAUUACAGCAUUAAUGGAUAAAAAUAACCCAAACUUCCUUCACACCCUUCUCCAUCUCAGCAAGAAUUGUUUGCCAUUCCUCUUGGGACUUCUUUAAUUUCUUGCUCUUACACCCAACCCCCUGGCUCGCAGUCAAGGACUAUUUUCCAUUUAAUUUUCACCCAUUCACAGCUUACUUUUAUAUGCAGAGGAAUAGCAAAGAUCACUUUAUGCAACUGAAACUUGGCAAUGUUUCCAGGAUUGAAAUCAAGAAUUACUAUGUUUAGCAGCCAAAAACAUUGUGGGAGGCAUUUAUGACAACAUAUUAUAAUUGGCUGUUCACAAUUUGGUGGACUGAAGUCCCUGAAGAAAUUUUUUUUAAAAAAAAUGUUUUUGUAAAUAGUUCCUGUGGGUCUCAAUAUUAAUUUUUACAAUUAUUUCUUGGAAACUGCAAUUAAAAUAAUAAUGCAAAGUUUAGCUGAGAAAAGAAUUCAGAAAAAUUAUUGGCCUUUUGAAGGUCCACCAAAUUUCUUAAGGCAGACAUAUUUAAGUACUUAUAAUAGAUUAUAAUCUAGGGAUUGUUCUGGUAUUAUUUGCACAAUCAAAACACAUGUGAAUUUCAGUUGCAAACAUUUAAAAAUCAUUUAUUAUAACCUUUGUUUGUUGCUUAUACAUCUGCGUGCCAUCUAAUUAAUAUCCUUGAAGUUUACUUGCAAUUGUUGGAUUGCUCUUAGUUCCAAUAAAUGGAGCUGGGAUUACAGGUGAUGCAACAGUUCUUGAAGGCAAAAACUUGCAGUUAAGCUGUGAAACAUCGAGUCAAAUAGAACCAAACAUCACUUGGACCAAAGAGAAGCCUGGGAAACAAGGAAAUACUAGUGUGGUGCAAGAAGGAAAAGUGCUGACUAUAAAAAACAUUGACAGGAGUGAUGCAGGAACAUUUACCUGUACAGCAUACAAUGGCUUUGGUGAACCAGAGAACCAAAUGGUUUACGUGGAUGUUACUUGUGAGUAUGCAUUGACUAAAACAUUGACUGAUGUUAAACAGAGAUGCACUUUCUAUAAAUUUUUUGUGUUGUAAUGCAGUAAGUUUUGCUGUCAAUUACUUGUAUUGAUGUUUGGCUAAGUACAUCCAUGCAGGACUCCAGGCUCAAGUUUUCAAAAAAUCACCUUUUGGUGACCUUCAAUCUUAAAAUGGUUGCUAUGUACAAACAACCACAAAAACUCACAUUGAAGGGAGCAUAUUUCAUGGUGCACUACAUGAGUUAUUUACCCAUGGUUUAUUUAACAUGCUUCUAUGAAUGGUAAGAGGAUCACCCCGUUAACAUCCAGUCAAUAGCAAUUUCAUUAAAACCACAAAACUCAAAUUAGGCAUUACAAUUUUGUGUCAAUUUAAGUGUGUCAUUUAGAAAUGGGUGUAUCUGCUAGAUUUUUUGCAUAGAAGGCUUGAUUUAUUCCUUUGGGUAUUAACUUCAGGAGCCAUGUUUUGCAAAUACCAUCUGGUAGGGUUGAACCCCUUAGCUAUUGAGACUUAACGAAGCUAGCUAUCAAGGCUUUAUGAAGUAAUUUGCAUCAUUCUCUGCCUCCCUACGGGUGCAGAUUUCUUGUGUUUGGAAUUUAUCACCUGCCUAAACAUAGUUAUGCAGAGAACGAUCUAAUGAACUAUCUUUAUUGACUACACGGAUAAUGUACUUGACGCCCACACACAAACCAUCAUUGUUCUGGGCGGAGAUUUCAAUCAGUUGGACAUGGAUGGAUUACAACAAUUGUCUGGCUGGAAUAUACUGGUUGAUUUCCCGACAUGUGGUAAUUCACACUUGGAUAACUGUUUAAUGAACUAGCUUGAUUUGUUUACAAGGUGUUACCCUUCUUACGUGUCAACAAAAUCGCAUCAUCGAGUUGUGAUUUUGCCUGCAGGAUCUAAACUUUGCCCUAUGCGUCUUAAAGUUCUCAGCCAGGACAGACAUCUACAUAGGAAACAGGAUUUGUAUGUGGCUUCAGUAGAAGAGGACUGGCAAGAGGUACUUGAUACCAAGAAUGUAAACGAGGUGGUGAACAAACUGGAGACAACCAUAUGGGGGUCAGUUGGAUAGGUGUAUGCCAGUAAAGGUGGUCACUAUGCCAUCACAUGACCCUGCCUGGAUAACUCCUCUUGUUAAAGCCAUGUUGAGGUGGAAAUUAGGGGUGUCUGAUGAAGCUUGGCUGAAAGAGUUGAAUAAGAGGAUUUCGGAAGUGAUCAUUGAGAACAGAAAGCUGUAUAAACAGGGUGUGAUCGGCUCAAAGCAAUGGUGGAAAGGCAUUCAUCUGGUAUUGCAACAAAGGAAUGCAACUCUUAUUUCCUUAGAUCGUGAGUCACCUGACCAGUUAAAUGAGUACUUCGGAAAUCUAUGCAGCAACAAUAACUACAUUCAACGAGUUGAUGUUCACAUUGAUCCAGAUGUCAAGGCUCCAACAAUCCCUGCAGACUUGUCCGGAGGACUCUGUCUAAUCUGAAGUAAAUGGCAACUGGCCUGGACGAAAUUCCUUUUUAGUUUUUGAAAGAACACGCGAAACUACCAACCCCAGUUAUCUCCCAUAAGUGGAAUAUUUCCCUGUCAACUCAUUCUUGGCCUGAAUCUUGGAGAAGAGCAAACAUCAUUCCAUUACCUAAGGUUGAUGUACCCAAGGAGAAUGGUGAUUUCUGGGGAAUCAGUGUAACACUGGUGAUUGCUAGAGCUCUUGAAAGGGCUGUAUACAACACACAUGUCAGACACAUCAUGGAGGAUCACCUGAGCAGUAGCCAAUUCACGUACAGAGAGGGUGGGAAUUGCACAUCUGCGCUCUUAGCUAUUCAGCACCAGAUUUGCAAAUACCCAGAUGAUAAUAACUGUAAAGCUGUGCGAUUUUUUACCAUGGAUUUUUCCAAGGCAUUUGACUUGGUGAAACAUAAUCUCUUGUCCACCAAGCUUAAACAAUGACAUGUAUCUCCAUAUCUUGUUGAUUGGUAUCACAGUUUUUUAUCCAGUAGGCAGCAAUGCAUUUUGUCUGGUAACUAUCACUGUAGGUGGAAAGCCGUCAAUAAGUGUACUACACAAGGUAGUGUUAGUGGCCCCCCCAUCUCUUUAAUAUUGAAAUUACAUAUGAUGGCUUCCCUGCAUUAUUCAAAUAUGUUGAUGAUUCAAAAAUUGUUUCACCGGUACUAGGCAAUACUGAUACCUGAGUGAAUGAGUUUUGAUCCAGUCAAUUGCAUUCCACAACAUAAUGAAUUGUGCUUACUUGGAGUCAAACUCCAGAGUGAUUUUAAGUUUAGUUCUCAUGUUAAGGUCAAACUAGUUAAGGCUAACAAGUGCCUCCAUAUAUUAAGAACUCUGAGAAAGGAACAAUAUGACCAGAAUGAAAAAUAUCUCCUUUUUAAGACAAGUGUAUUACCUAAUUUAACUUAAUAUGGUCUUUCAGUGUAUUGUGUGUAUAAACGUGAUCUAAACACAGUACAGAACUUUUUAAACAGAUGUUACCAGCAGCAUUAUAUUUCAGUUCCAUUGAAUGUCAAGGAUAUCAUGCAUAUUCAGGAUAAGAAAUUAUUUAGUAGAGCUAGGGCCCUAAGCCAUCAUCCGUUAAAUGAAAUUCUGCUGAAGCCUAAACCCCAGCAAUAUAAUUUACAUCGCAAGGUUUGCCUCCGCCCAAAGAACACAGAAUGUUUCAUGAACACAUUUGUGAAUAGACUAAUUUUUUAACACAACCUGUUAUAAUUACAUAAUUUAAUUCUGGCCAUAGUAUAUUAUUGUAAUUAUCAUUACACAGUUUCCUGUUUACGUAACAUAGGAUAUGUAUCUUUUAUCUUAUGGUUUGUUAAAGACUUCUUCACUUCUUCACUUCUUCACUUCUUCAUUGAAGGCAAGUUACUCAGAUGUAUCUUUGUGUAGAUGCUGUUUUUUAAUCUGAUUUUUUAUUUUCCAAUUUGAUGUACAGAUCCAGUUACAAUUGUUAAAUUUCAAACUGAGUAUUUGGUUGAUGUACAAGAAAAUGUAACGCUUAAUUGUGAAGCAGAAGGGAAUCCUCCACCUACGUACACUUGGACUCCAUGCAAUGACCUAACACAAGUUUGUAGCACAAAUACUCUUAAUAUUUCUCAAGUCCUUAAUGAUGCCAGCUACAUCUGCAGAGUGGCCAAUCUGCAUGGAGAUGAUUCAAAAACAGCCAAUGUUUGUAAGUCACAUGUACAUUGUAGUCAUGCAUCUAACAGCUGUAUCUGUAUACAUGUACCAACAUGACAUUUUGAUUGGGUUCUCAGAGUUGAACCAGGGGUUUAGCCUGUCAGGUUGUAAAAGCCCCAAUAGUGCCUUUACUUUGUCUUGAUGGAUAACUCUGUUUUUUAAAAAAUAAUUACAAUGUACAGGGAUAUAUUGAUUAUUUUAUUACAUGUAAAAUGCAAAGAAAGUGGUGUGGCAAUCUAAACUUCAGGAGGCCUAUACAGGGGUGAGUAUCAAAAGUAGGGAAAAAACUAUAGCCAGGGCUUCUGACAAGGUACAGGAAAAAUUGUAAUUGUGGGGGAUGUUUUUGGGGAAAAUGGAGAUGAGAAUUUAGUUCUUUCAUCUUUUACUCACUGCAAGCUGAAGUACUUAGGACCUUGGUAUUUUACAGUGGACAUCAUCUUUAUAAUGUUUAAAUUAAUGUGAGAAGCCAAAUCACACCUUGCUGCCUCUCUAUAUUUUUCUUAAUACCAUGCACUUGAAUUUGAAAGCAAAAGGUCAGUUUGAUACGAGCAACUGAAUUUUCCCCCAAAUUAAUUGUUUUGCUUUAUUACAAGAACAUUUUCAAAAUUUUUGCCAGACUGUUUCUCUUGUUCAUGCUUAAAAAAAAAAGGACAACAACACAAUUUGUCAUUUGACAAGCAAUCAACUCAAUCCAUCUAUAAGAAAAAUGAUGAGAAGUUGACCAGUGCCCAGGAUCAUGUAAGCUAUGGUAGAAACCCCAGUUUUUCUUGUUACAAGCCACUUACUGAAAGGGUAACCGGUCAUUUCGCACGAAAGACUUUUCGCACAAGUCUUUUAGCAUAAGUUUUGGACCGUUCGCACAAUUCUUAGUGGUCAUUUCGCACAAUAAUCAUAAGUGAGAGACAUCAAUGUAAAAGGUAUACUGAUUGAUACUGAUAAGACAUUUCACCUUCACAUGAUCCAACGGCGAGAACGUAGACAUUUAUUUACGUAAUAACUUUAACUAGAUCAAAAUGCUCGUGAACACGAUCACUAUUCUUUCUUGAAGAAAGGAAAGGUACAAAUCGCUCUCUCCAUGAAAAUGUAAAGAACUCCCUAUUCGAACGACUACUUCUGUAACGUUUUCUUUGUCGAACGAAAAACCUUUUAGUUUUGACAGUACAAAGUUAACAUGCAAACAUGACGACCCACGCUAAGGACACCAUAUUGAUUUCGAAAGUAAUUGUCACCAGUCUUCCCUCCUUGUUCGAUCGCCUUCAAAUAGCAUGUUUUAUCGAUCUGUAAGAGUUUCAAAUAAAGCUAUUGAAAACUUGCUUCUUAUAUCUUCGUUAUAUAAUGAAAAUUAGGCAUACUAGUAAUAAGUACCGCAAAAACAGUUAAUAACUCGAUAGUCAGAGAGUGAUUCACAUCGUAUGUCGGCACGUGCAAGUGUUGUGAUUUGACAACUUGAACGUGUCAGUGUAGGUAGUGACUAGUGAUCUUGUAGAAAGACAAGUUCGAUCUGUAAUCAUUUUAAAGAUCGAGAAGUUUAAUACAUCUGUCAAGUAGUAGCCUUUCAAAUUAUUCUAAUAACAAUUACCUAAGCGAUGGAGAGUUCAGUAUCGAUCGAUAAGCGUCAUAGCAACCGUGAUGUAAACAAAUGAUUUCACGAAAGUUUCAAGAAUUCAAAAUAAUUCAAAGAUUAUUCGCUAGCCGUUCGAUAAGUAAUCAUACAAGCUUAAGAUCAAAACAAACAACGAAAUUUAGAUGUACUAUAGCUUAAAUGAAUGCAGAAAAGGGCUAAAUUUCUAUGAGUAUUGACCGAGUAGCGAGUUAAAAUUUGCAUGAUUCGUCGGGUAACAUGGCCGUGAACUUGAAUUUUAUAUAUUUACACAGAAAUUUUGUAAAUAGGGCUUUUCUCCUUUUAUAUAAAAAGUGAAACAGUUUGCAGGUUUUUACUUUGACUUCAGAGGAGGGAGGAUUGGUGACAAUUACUUUCGAAAUCAACAUGGCGUCCUUAGCGUUGGGUCGUCAUGUUCGUUUGUUUGUAGUGGAUGAUGUACUGUCAAAACUAAAAGGUUUUUCGUUUAACAAAGGAAAAGUAAAAGAAGUAAUCGUUCGAAUAGGGAUUUCUUUACAUUUUCAUAGAGAGAAAGAUUUGUUCCUUUCUUCAAGUAAGAACAAGAAAUCGUGUUCACAAGCGUUUCGAUCUAGUUGAAGUUAUUACGUAAAUAAAUGUCUACGCAAUAAAGACAACCGAAUACAGUUCGUGGGCCGUCGAUGGGCAGCUACAUAUAUUUUCCAUUUGGGAGAAAUACAACUGCCAAGGGGGGAGGGGGAGGGUUGGGAUUACAAAAACAAAACUACGGAGCGAUAAAAAUCAAACAAACGCGUGCCGAGAUAUGAAACGCGAUCCUAUUUACAAUUCACGCUAACUAUUAACUUCUAUUAACCUAUUAAUACCACAUAAAUGUCUACGUUCUCGCCGUGGGAUCUUAUUGAAAGUGACAUGUGAAGGUGAGAUGUCUUAUCAGUAUCAAUUAGUAUACCUUUUAUAUUGAUGUUUCUCACCUAUAAUUGUUGUGCGAAAUGACCACUAAGAAUUGUGUGAACGUUCCAAAACUUGUGCUAAAAGACUUGUGCGAAAAGUCUUUUGUGCGAAAUGUCCUGUAUUCACUGAAAGCAACAGACAUCUCAAUUGUCUCUGAGGUUAAAUAACCCUUUUAAAUGGUUCUAAAUUUUAUAAAACCCUGGUUUUUAAACAGAAUACCUGUAGCAAUAAAGAUAUUGAGUCAAUUUUUUAGUAAUGAUUUUUCUCCUAUUUCAUAGACAUUGGAGGAAAUGUGAUUUACAUAACUAUUGUCAUCACAAGUGAAAUCUCUGGAGAUGAAAAAUACAACCAAUCCUCAUUACUGGAGAAAUUAAAAAAGCCGGUAACUUAAUGUACAUAUAACUUACUAGAUAUUGUUGUCAAAGCUAUUAAUUAAACAUAUACUAGUUUACAUGGAGGGAUUUUUUUUCUCACAAAUAAAUCGUGUGCCUGUGUUGAACUUCACUUGAUCUGUUAAAUUGUUGAUUGUGGUUGUCACUUUGUGUUGGUAACUCAGGGUCAGAGACUGAUGUGCUAGCUGUAUAAUGGUUAAAAGGAAAUUUGUCUGGAAUGAAUGUGUGGAGAAUAUUUCAUUUAAUUCUACAGUCUUUCUUGAAUUCCUAGAUUGCACACAGUCUGUCCAAGUUCUGUCAAAUCUUGAACUUGAAAAGCUUGUCACAACCUUCUUAUUAUUCAGUGUUUGCUCAUGGUCUGUAUUUAGGACAAUAAGAGGCCUGCUGCUUUCUUUCCAAAUUAAAAUAGAGGCAAGUGAUAAAAAGAAGACCAUUCAUUGAAGUAGCACUUUAAAGAAACAACUGAUUAAUACUCAGAGACUGAUUCUCAGCUGAUUCUGGGCAAAAAGCCAUGUUCAAAUUAAUACAUAAUAUUUGGUGUCAUCAUCAUUUGUUUUCAUGUGUGAUACAUGUACACUAACAUUUAAAGACAAAUGAUUGAAAUGCUUACUUCCAGCUUAGGGAGGCUUUUGCUGAUAAACUUGGUUAUGAAGGAGUGCAGUUGAUAGGUGUGAGGUAUGUGAAUUAAUGGGAUUUAGAUAAUUGCCAGUUGCUUUUGCUUUAUUUAAAUGUAGAAAUUUUAUUAUUUGCUCUUCUGUUAUCUGUUUUCCAUUUCAUGUCACUCUAAUCCUCAGUUUAUGUCUGUUCCAAGGUUUGGAAGUAUCAUUGUUGACCUUGCACUAAAAUUCAACUCCACUACAAAGGAAAAAGAUGUUCUCAUAAUACUUAAUAAUGUUGCAAAAGAUGGAAAGCUGGGAGAGUUUAGUGUGGGUGCCAUUAAAGGGACAAGGCCUGAUGUGGAACCAACAAGUAAAGGAACCCCAACACCAACUGAUGAUCCCUCAGGAGGUAAGUCUUCAUAACACUUCCUAUGAAAUUUUUGCAAGCUGAUAAAUGAAUACCCUUGCUGUGUGCUUGAUUGGAAGCAUAUUUUUGGGUGUGAGAAACAUGUUUUCAAAAGUUACAAUAGUUUAUGCAGAACUUUUACUGUGGCAGGUUUUUACAGAGAUCUGAAAGCUUGCUGUGUAAUUUUGAUAACAAUGACAACAGCAGCUAUAAUAAUAAACUUUACUUUACAAGGGUAAACAAGAUUUACAGAAAGCAAUUUUCAACAAGUCACUGAAAUAAAAACAAGUUAGAAUUAAAAGUUGUCAAAGAAUAUUAUGAUAAUCAUAAAAACCCUAACUGGCAGGGGACAUACCAGUUGGUUACAUUUAUUUUUAAAGUACAGCCAAGGAGUUGAAUUCAGUCAAGAUGUAUGACAACAAAUCCAGCAUUGAUUAGCAGGUUGGAGGCUUUGAAUUCAGAAAUGCUAGAUUACAAGACCAGCACUCUAACCAGUCUGCUACUCUGCCUCCUUAAAUUGCCAACAGAAAGUUAAAUGUUAUGGUAAUGCUGAGUGGGGGGAUUGUACAUGUAUUUGGAAAUCAAUUUCAUUUUUAUUUAUUCCUUAUUGACAUUGAUUUAAAUUUCCUUAUCUUAAUUAAACACUGGGGGAUUUUCUCCUUAUAAGGAAACUAGGUGCACUCACAGUAGCAUUUGGUGACCUGUUUGUUAUAUUGCCGGAGCUUGAAAUGUUCCGGAGUUCAAAUGAAAUGGAUGGAAAAUACCUUCCUUUUGUAAGCAGAGCCAAAUUUCAGAAAAAUAUUAAAAAUUCUAUUAAUCAUUGACAGUAGAUGUACACCUGCCCUGUUUCAGACAAAAGACCAAACACUAAAUUUUUUUUGGUUAAAAAGGCAAACUGUCUGGUGCUGAAGACUAUUUGAAAGAGGUAGACAGUGUGUUGGGAAAGCAUAAAGUGGUUAUUGUAUAAUGUGCAUAAUUUUGGGGAAAGGGGCAAUUGUAAACACCAGUGGUAACCAUUUUUUAAAUAAUAAGCUACAAUUACUGGUUACAAUUACACUUGAAGCUCAUGUAUGGAUUCAGUUGUCUCAAAAUCCAAAACUCGAUUUACUCUUAUGACCCCAUUGCUGCCAUUUCAUUGCCAACUUCUGCUUCAUUUGCGUAAAGGAAGAUUGAUGCUUUUCUAUCUCACUAACAUCGCUAAAAUAGCUUUAGAACUAACAACCAGUUUAUUUGAACUACCAAAUCAAGUAACACGUGUAGAUCAUUUACAUAAUGGGAUAUUUAGAGCAAAUAUGAACAGCCUCCAAUCGAAGAAUCACAUAGUAAUAUAAUUCAUAAGUUCAUGAACGAUAUCAGCCAUCCAGGAUUGUGAUUGCUCCAUUCUGCUUCUUGUAGCUUGCAAGGAAUAUGGUUCUCUAAUUAGGUGUGGUCCUUUUCUUGAAACAUGGAGAUGAAGAAAAAAAAAGGGAUUUAUAGGGAAAGUAUUUCAUAUGUUAAUCUCCUUUGUGAAUUUAGACCAAAUUCUAUCAAUUUUUAUAAAAUCUCUGUAUAUUCAAAGUAUAUUCUGCACAAGAUAUCCACAAGUUCACCACAGAGUCACUUUGAUUUAAUUUCGUGACCACCUUUGGCUUUCAGUUUCACUGUGCUUAUACUCUUAAACCAUCUAAUCAAAACGUAUUUAAAAAGUCUAAAGCAAAAGGAACAACGUAAUCAUAAUUGAAAGUUUAACUUUUCAUGCGAGAAAAAUCUAUCCGAAAAUUUGUAGAGUUGGGCACCCUAACUGAUAGUUCUUAGAACAAGUAUUAAUGACCUGCCUUUUUAAAAAUAUCAACGACAGAUGUUUCGUUUUGUCUUGGCUCUGAAUAGACAAAUUGGGGCUUUGUACGAAAGAGAUAGUUGAAACGGCUAGCAAGAGUUUGAAGCAGCACCAUUUUUAAUCUUGAAUACGAAUUUAAAUCUCUAUUUGAUUCCUGAGCCAAAAUUACAUCUGCUGUUAUGACAAUUAUAACAGAGAAGGUCACUUUGCACUUUUUCUACACAAGCGUUACAGUUUUCAGUGCUGAAAAAUGUUUUACUUAUUUUUUUUAGAAGGAAAAAAAAACAUAACGUUUAUUGUGACUCAAAACUAUUGGGAGAGAGAACGAAUACAAAUUUUGAGCUGUCUGUGUUAUGGCUCCAUAGCUUCACUCACUUCACUCACGAACCGUUAAUAUAUUUACAACAAUGAGAGGAUAGCUGUUCAGUGAGAUCACUUCUACACUUAGUUUUUUAUGCUUUCUUAUUUUUAUUUGUCUGUUUCACCAUGUACAUGUAUGUGUAUGUUAAUUCGUGUUUUUCUUUUAUUUCCUUUUUGAAUGCGACUGAACAGUUUGUUUAACGGUAACAUUUUGAAAACCUUAUCGUAGCAUUCAGGUGACAGUCAUUAGACCCUGUGCAAAACCAGGUUAUGCCUCAAUGGAACUUCCAGAACUAUGAACAAUUUCUUAAGGAAAUAUUUACACAGUUCACUCAUGAUUUCAUUGAAAUAUCACCUGUCCAAACAUAGUGAGAGAAAGCGUAGCUUCUUGAUUGCUAAUUACACUUAGCUGUACUUAUCUUGAAUCAUUGACGGUUUGUGUCUCGUAGGGUUCGCCUGGUGGAUCAUUUUGAUCAUUGUGUUAGCGGUAGUAAUCGUUCUGGUUUUAGUGGUCAUACUUGUUAAAAAGAAAGGCUCAUGCUGUCUUCCCGUGAGCAAUGGAAAGCGUCCAAGGGGUGAGUAUUUUCCAUUUUAAUCUAUCUUUUGAUUGUAGACCAAUUUUAAUCGAUUUUGUAGUUAGGGUGUCGGGGAUAAUGAAAUGUUUGUUUGGCAUGUUCUAACAUUAUUUUAUCAAUGAACAUAAUUUUCUUUGAAAUUAUGGACCAUGAAGCAUUUGUGUACACUGUACAUCCCAACUUGUCAGAGAUGUGGUCAUGUAGAGACUGAAGUCUGUUGACACGAAACUUAUUUCUUCUGGGAUCAUUACAUUACCGAGUUUAAAAUUUAUCAUCUUUCUUACGAUGGUAACUUACUUGACGCUUUCAAAAUCGCCGACUGUAGUAGUCUGCGGGACGUGUAUGAACAUAUGAACCUUGUGAUGGCUUUGUUCACCGUCCCAGGGUCGGUACCUCAUAUGUUUUCACUGUUGUCUUCCUUUUUGUUUAAUUUGUUAUAAAUAGGCAGUUGUUAUUUUUGAAACUGCAAAUUGCACACGCCCUACAGGCUCCCGACAUUUUGUCAUUCUGAAAAACUUACUCGUGCUUAUUGCAUAUGUUUUUCAUGGUGACCAAAGGCUAGGAAAUGGUCAGUGAAAAACUUUCUCAAGGAAGUGGAGAAAAGUCAGGAAACUUUAUUUUGUCAGAGAAAUUGUACGUCUUUAAGAGAUGUCAUGGAAAAGUGAAAUCCCAAUUGAAAGAAACUCAUUCAGCUUGUCUUGGCCUCUUCUGUAUGAAAGAUGACAACGCCUAACAUUUUGCGACGUCAAUGUUACUUGUGAAUAUUGUUCAGUAUAUUUGAUUGACGCUAAUAAACAUACUGUUUCCCUUGUAAUGCAAGCUCGAGUGGUGUAGGAAUGAAAUUGUUCACCUACCUCUUUCUAUUUUCACAAUUUUCUAACAUUCAAACCGUAUUUGGUACAAUUCAUCCAACAUGAAACAUUUUGGUUUGGAAGGAUAUUUUUUAUUCAUUGCACGACAACUGGCUGAUAUUGGGUUUCCAAGAAAAUCAAUGCCUUUUUUCGGAAUUACCAACUCAUAUACACUGUAUGUGAUUUGCUGAAAACAAAGAAAAUAAAUUCGUGGGGAGGGUGGCUGUAAGGCGAGGUUGGAGGCCAUUCGUAGGACCUAUAUUUUAUUAGAACUGUUAGUUCAGUUGGUCGGAAAUUUCAUAUUUGUCAGGGAAAAGUCAGAGAUUUUCAAACACGUCUAACUGUAUGUCGCUUCUUUUUUUUUUUUUUUUUUUUUUUUUUUUUUUUACACACUACUGUGAGAAGUCCACUCCGAUGAAGGACGAGGCAUAGCGACGUAAGUGUUAUUUAAUGGCUGUUUUUUUUUUCUGUUACCUAGGAGUCGUUUGUUUUUGUUUGUUGACACUUCCACUGGUUGUUUGAUUGUUUCGCUUUACGUAUAUUUAUUCAGCUUUGUUUUAAAUUUCUUUAAAUGCGAAUAAACAUUUUGUUUAACCGUUUCCUUUUAAAAACCUUAUAUCAGAGGUAAGGUAGCAGAGGGUUUCAAUUUAAAGAAAAGUUACUGUACAUUGUAGGGAAGCGGACAACCAGUAUGCAGCUGCGGGUCCUAAUGUCAACUAUCGAGCCUCCAAUCCAUCGUCUGAGCCUUCAGUGACUUAUGAAGUUGCUAAUAGGAGUUUUGAGGGAAGAAGAGGGAAUAAAGCAGGUGCACCGGGAGAGCAACUUCCAGAAUAUGCAGUGGUCGAUAAAACCAAGAAGAAAAAGAAGGUAAGGUUCCGCAAUGAAGGAGCUCUAGUAAACGGAUCUUACCUUUUGAUAGUGACCAGAUCCCAGUAAAGUUUGUUUCAUAACCGAAUAAUCAAACACAUGUAUCACUUUUCUCUGUACCAUAAUUUAUACUUACUCAAGACUGCAUUCCGCUGGUAAAGAAGUUAAGAUGCAAAGUCGAUACUUCAUAGACUGUAAGGAGUGGUGCAGACUUCUUUUAGAGCGCGUUUGUACAAGAGCAAGGAAGCACUAUAAAAAUACUUCCACCAAGCCAUUUACUGAUAAAAGGAACGAUAAGGAAAUUUAAACGUUUAAAUUUUGCAAUUGUUUAAUUCAGUUACCAUGGAAAACUAAGGCGUGGUGCCAUUGUUGUGGUUAAAAUUUCAAGCUUGACAACGGGCAUUGAUGUUUAAUGCCAGUUAGACAGCAUUCGUUACCAUGCUUACUCCAAAUCAUUUUCCGCCCACAAAGAUACACACCUAUCGUAGUCCUUCACUUUGCUCAGACGGAGGGCUAACGUUCCAAACGUGAGCUUUUCUAAAUUUACUAUCGCGGCUUAUCAACAUUUGUCGACCAUUAGUUGAUAUCAAACCAGCUAAGUGGACUCUGCUUGUUCGCGUACUUGAACCCACCGACCGGAAAAAAGGAAAAAAGCCAAUUAGGCUUUCCAGCGAGUCUCCCCCUUUUGGACACUUGCAUCAUUCCAAAGGUUAAUUUAUUUUUGAUGAACCGUUGUUAGAAGAAUGCCUACGAUUGUCUGUUUCGUUCAAUUUCAACCUGUUUUUCUUUGUAUCGCGGGCAGACACCUAAACCCGGCGAGCUUCAGUAUGCUGAGCUUGGUGAACUGACUGGUCGUGGACAGAAGGCAACCAUGCCACGUGUUAGUGGUACGGAUACUGUGUAUGCGGACAUUAAAUCGUAG